GGGACGGGUGUCAUGUUGACGCCUGCGCAGUGGUGUGGUCGGCGCCAUCUUGCGAGUUUCAGACACCGCGUGGUUCUUCUCUGCCCAGUCAGGCCGUUUUUCCUCGUCCCUCGGCUCCUCACAGCGCCGCCAGCCAUGGCGUCCACACCUCUGCCGCCCAAGGAAAACGCUCUGUUCAAGAGAAUAUUGAAAUGUUACGAGCAGAAGCAGUACAAGAACGGACUCAAGUUCUGUAAGCAGAUCCUGGGAAAUCCCAAAUAUUCUGAGCAUGGAGAAACCCUGGCUAUGAAGGGGCUGACCCUGAACUGUUUGGGGAGGAAGGAGGAGGCGUACGAGUAUGUCAGAAGGGGGCUGCGCAAUGAUCUCAAGAGCCAUGUCUGUUGGCACGUGUUCGGACUUCUCCAGCGCUCAGACAAGAAGUACGACGAGGCCAUCAAAUGUUACAGGAACGCUCUCAAGUGGGACAAGGACAACCUGCAGAUCCUGAGAGACCUGUCCCUGCUGCAGAUCCAGAUGAGGGACCUGGAGGGGUACAGGGAUACGAGGUUACAGCUUCUCCAGUUGAGACCAGCACAGCGAGCGUCGUGGAUCGGUUACGCGAUUGCGUACCACUUACUCAAGGAUUACGACAUGGCGCUCAAGAUCCUGGAGGAGUUCAGAAAAACUCAAGCGGUGAAGACUGUUGAGUAUGAACACAGUGAGCUUCUCCUGUACAUGAUGAUGAUCAUGAAGGAGGCGGGGAUGGAGGAACAGGCGCUCAAACACCUGGAAACGUACGACAAACAGAUCUGUGACGUGCUGGAAGUACAGGAGAACAAAGGAGAUCUACUGUUGAAGCUCGGCAGGAACGAUGAGUCAGCGGCCAUCUACAGGGAACUUCUGCGCAGGAACCCAGAGAACAGGAAGUACUACCAAGGCAUCGAGGCAGCUAACCCACCAAAAACUGAAGAAGAGAGACUAGACCUGUACAGCCAGACUGCAGCCCAGUUCCCCAGGUGUCAGUCAGCUAUCAGGCUGCCGCUCGACUUCACCACUGGUGAGACGUUUGAGCGGUUAGCUGACCAGUACAUGAGGAAGGCUCUGAAGAAGGGUGUACCUCCACUGUUCAACAACCUGAGGGCCAUGUACCCGGAUAAGGACAAGGUGGCAAUAAUAGAGAGACUAAUGUUAGGCUACCAGGAGUCACUGAAGACUGCUGAGAAGUUUAACCCUAACGAUGAGGGCGAACCCCAGCCCCCCACAGCGUACCUGUGGGUUCUGUAUUAUCUAGCCCAGCACUUCGACUAUCUGGGGGACACCACCAAGGCCCUGGGCUACAUAGAGUCUGCUAUAGAACACACUCCUACACUUAUAGAACUGUUCGUGGCCAAAGCUAGGAUAUACAAGCAUGCAGGAGAUAUAGAGGAGGCAGCCCGCUGGAUGGACGAAGCCCAGUCCCGAGACACUGCCGACAGAUACAUCAACUCCAAGUGUGGCAAGUACAUGCUGAGGGCAGGCAAGGUCAAGGAGGCAGAGGAGAUGUGCUCCAAGUUCACAAGGGAGGGUGUGUCUGCUAUGGAGAACCUGAAUGAGAUGCAGUGCAUGUGGUUCCAGUCAGAGUGCGCUGGGGCCUACCGACAACUCACCCAGUACGGGGAGGCUCUCAAGAAGUGCCACGAAGUAGAGAGACAUUUCCAGGAGAUAGUCGAGGACCAGUUUGACUUCCACACCUACUGCAUGAGGAAGAUGACCCUGCGAGCCUACAUCAGCCUCCUCAGGCUGGAGGACAUCAUCAGAAAACACCCCUUCUACUUCAAGGCCGCCAAGCUGGCCCUGGAGACGUACAUCCACCUGGUGGACCACCCGCUCACCGACGAGGACAAGGCUAAGGAUCUAGAACUAGAAAAUUUGAGUCCAAAGGAGUUGAAGAAGUUGAGAAGUAAGCAGAGAAGAGCUGCCAAGAAAGCCGCCAUCUUGGAGGAGAAGAAACACCAGCAGGAGAUGCAGCAGCAGAAAGGCAAGCGCAAGGACCCCGACACGGAACAGGACGGGCCGAAGGAGGACGACUUGGUGCCUGAAAAACUGGCCAAGGUGGAAAAUCCCCUUGAUGAAGCCAUGAAGUUCCUGAAACCCAUCCAAAUGUUUGCCCAUGAGAGGAUAGAGACGCACCUACUGGCUUUUGAAGUCUACUAUAGAAGAGGGAAACUGCUGCUGAUGCUGCAGGCUGUGAAGAGAGCGGUGACCCUUGACCCCAACAGCGCCUGGCUGCACGAGUGUCUCGUCAGGUUCUCAAAAGCAGUUUCAGAGAAGAACAACUUGCCUGGUCCGGUGUCCACAGUUCUUAAGGAAGAGACGAAGGCGUUGUUUGGAGAGGUUGACAUCAAACAGUUUAAUGCAAACUUCAUCAAGAGGAACUCCAACUCAUUACAACACCUCUUAGCAGGUGCCAAGAUGCUGUACUUCUUAGAUCCACAAAGUCAAGACAGAGCUCUAGAACUAGCAACAGACCUGAGUGAGAACUUGAUAGAUAGGAAUGUCAAGAUAUGCAUCAAGGUAUACGAAGCCCUGAGCUCCGGAGCUUUUGGGAAGUGCGAGGAACAGACAGAAACCUACAAGACGCAAUGUCACCAGAUUUUCCCCUUCGCGAGAGUAUUCAUGCCCCCCAAGUCAGAAUCGGACACUGUAACACAGGAGGACGGACAGCAAGACGGACAAACAGAUGGACAGGACGGGCACCCGGAAGUCGACGCGAACGGCUCUUGAUGACGUCGUGUUAGCGUAGGGGUGGCGGUGUGGGUGGAUGGGACUGACAUGAAUUACGAGGACAAGCCAAAGUACACGUAUCGUUUCUUCUGUUUUCCUGGACUCGAGGAGAAAGAGGAGACCUGCAAGUUCCUGCUUUGCUACAAGGCAAAUAUAAAGGCAGUGUUGUGCAGCAGUGGUACCUAAGAGCCGAGACGGACUUCUUCCCGAAGAUCUGCAAACGUCUUAGGACCGGAAAUUCAGACCCUUACAUCGCAAUGUGGCGUCGCUUUGCAUCCAGUUAGUUAUGUGUAGAGCAUCGGAUGUUUUGUACUUCAUAGUGCCUACAAAGAUUAAGACAGGGUUGGGGAGGGGUGGGAGCGAAAGCAGUUGACUUAACUAGGCUUCGAAACUGCUCAACAAAUAAUACAAAUCAGUACUGAAGAGGGUAGGAAAUAGGUGACAUAUGGGUGGUUUAUAGCUUUUUGAUGUGCUGAAUGCUUGUGGGUAUGUCCACAGCUGCCAUUAAUUAAUUGCAAUGUGUAAUGCAGUUUGGUAUGUUGGCAGAAAUGUGCACAACUGUGCCAACUUUGUCAAAACCUGCGGGCCCAAUUUUUUUGUUUUGUUACGGAACCCUGAUGUAUUAUAGAAUAUUUAUGAUACUACAGGGAUAUGUCGCAACUUUGUACGAAGAGGCCAAUAAGCAGAAGAAAUAUGCUUUUUGGUUGGUUAUGUCAAAGACAUUUAUCUGUUGACCAAUGCACUGUAGUUAGAGGGCUAUAGUAAUGUUACUGUGUAACUACUGUACGUGUUGACAACAUUUUUUACGUUCGACUCAACAUGCUGUAAUUUUCAAACCUACCAAAACUUAGUCUUCUGGAGCAUAUUUGUUGCUGUAAUAUUGCAACAGGCAGAGAGUGACUGGUUAUAUACAGGUGGGACUAUUAUCAAGAUUGGGCUUUCUUUUGGCUUGACUUAAUCAUGGGAACUGCAUUUAGCAAUGCCAUUACAAGACAAGGAUUAGUAUACGAUAGAUCUUGACACUUAAAAACAACAUUGACGGCUUUAAAAAAACAACAUUGAUGGCUUCAAAGGCAAACAGCGUUUUAUUUAGUGCUACAUAUGAAGCUUCCUUCCAAAGCUGAAAGCUACCUUCUCUGGCGUUGUCUCACCGAAUACACAGAGAACUUGCAAAGCAAACGGCUGCAAGAACCAGAGCUAAAUCCAAAUGUAAUGACUAGAUAAUAACUGCCCUGGGUAAAGUUUGGCAAUGUUUGAAGUAAAGUAUGAUCAAACAAGUUUCUAAGUAAUAUGUGUAGAUUAUUUUCUAUGAUCCAUAAUGGAAUUAAUGUUAAGUUUGACAGAUAUUUGAAAGGCCUAAGAUUGCUACCUCCUUUAGAGUUAUGGAGAUAGAAACUGAACGUUGAUAUUCAUCUAGACAACGAGGUUAGCAAUAUUGGUUUAUUUGAGGUCAGUUCUCUAUGUACAAAUGAAUUGGGCAGAGAGAUGGCAAAAAUAGUUGUUGGACGACGUGCAUGUACAUGUAUAUACGAAUGGAUUUAUUUUUUCCAUGGUUGGGGAAAAUUAGACUGUAGAAUGUAUACAAAUUAAUGUUGCUUUGUCGUAGACUAUGUGGUUGUACUAUACAGUUGUGUAGCAAUGCUUGUUAAUCUAUCGGUAGAAAAAAAAUGCCCCUUUUUGUCCAGUAGUUUGCUUCUGUGGAAUGUGGCUUUCACUAUGCAGAUUCUCCCCUAAAGCUUGACCCUACUGUAUGUUGUUGAUUCACACUUUUGUCAUGCACCCUUCAACAGACUUGGUCAAAUAAUCUCAUCAUCGAAAAAUAAAUAAUUCAAUUCCCUUUUAUACAAAA